UGAACACAUCCCGUGACACCCUCACUUAGGUGCGGGAGAGCAAGCGUCCUUUGCAUCGGCACCUUUGUAUCGGCGGUAUAAUAUGGAAAUUUCCCAAACAGUCACUUUCGGAGUGCUUUUGGCUACGUGCUAUGUACACGGAAAGCUUGGAGCUCCUGGAGGACCUCAGCAACUGCCUUACGUGGUGCCUGACAGCUUCAAGGUAUUCCAGAGCUUCGCUUUUGCGGUGGCUAUCUCGGACUCCGACAACGACACUAUUCUCGAAUGCAUGUCAGCCAACCGAACUGCUAUCAACCCAGAAGAAAUGACAGCUACUUAUACCUUCAAUUUUCCAAAUACACAGAAGGAGAUUCCGUUCCACGUGAAGGCCGGGGAAACACCGGGUACUGUCACAUUUACCGUAGGUGCAGAUUCCACUCAGAGAGAAGGCAUAAUUUACUACACUGACUACGUCAACUGCGAUGUAGUGGACUUGGACUUCCAUGGUCAUCAGUGCACACUAUGGGCAAGAAAAGAAGUGAAAGACAACGUGCCACAAAACUGCAUUGACUACUUCGUCGACACCUGUGGCGUCGUCGUCCCUCAACAUAGCAGAGACCUCUGCUUUGAUGGGGAAGGAGACUACAAAUAAAUUCUGUGUUUAUUAUAGCGAUACUAAUUAUAAGGACACUGCGGGCGCUCACUACAACGAGAGGGCACUCCCUUCCAACAACACAUGCAUUUAUGACACUUAUAGUCGGAACAUUGGUGGUGUUUUAAAGUAGUGUGUUGCUCAGGAGUGGGAGGGAAGUCACACGACAGGAGCAAAUCGUUUUGCACCCUUCCGGCAGAUGGCACAUUGAGUCGAAGAAGCGUCAAAUUUAAACUCUAAACCGCUUUA